GAAUCAGGUGUAUCUUUGUUGACUGAGAAAGGGCAGGAAGAUGGGUUUGAGCCCACCCAGCCACCUCCUGAUAUCAUUGACUGUUUUGAAUUUAUCAAUAAAGUGUGAAACUUAGUCUGUAUUCUAAAUCCAUUCUCUCUGUAACCAAUUUUAAAUUACCAAGUCUCAAAAAUUUAUAACUGUAUGCCAGGAUUAUAUAUUGCAUAUAAAUAGAACACUAAACAAAUGCAGUCAAACAUCAAAGCAGUCCACAACUAGUGUUGCCUGCAAAGGAGAUGCAAAAUUUAGUGGUUUUUUGAAGAAGCUGACAAUAUGGCAGAUAGUAAGGAAACCAGGGGUGGGCGUGGAUUGCAGAAAUCACACCUUCUAAAGGUUGUACUUUUAGGUGAUGGAGGAGUAGGGAAGAGUUGCUUAAUGAACAGGUUUGUUAAUAAUCAGUUUGAUUCAGAAUCCUAUCACACCAUUGGUGUGGAAUUUCUAAAUAAAGAUAUCACAGUGAAAGGAGAAGUGUACACUUUACAGAUUUGGGAUACAGCAGGGCAGGAGAGGUUUCGUAGUCUUCGCACUCCAUUUUACAGAGGUUCUGAUAUUUGCAUACUAACGUAUGGAGUAGAUGAUAGAAAAAGUUUUGAGAAUUUGAAUGUAUGGAAGAAAGAAUUUGUUUACUAUGCAGAUGUAAAAGAUCCUACUACAUUUCCAUUUGUUGUUGUUGGAAACAAAGUGGACAUUCCACCAAAUGAACAGCAAAUAACAACAGAAGAGGCUCAGUUGUGGUGUAACAAGAAUGGCAAUUACUCUUUUGUGGAAACAAGUGCAAAGGAUGCAACGAAUGUUGAAAAAGCAUUCCACAUGGCUGUUGGAAACUGGGUGAAGAUGGAAGAAUCAAUGGAGAAACCUGACAUGGGAAAUACUCUUGAUUUGAGGAAACAUCAGAAUAAGAAAUCUUGUUGUGUAACACUAUGACUUUAAUGUCCUAAGUUCCAAAAUUUAUGUGAUAAAGGUUAAUGAGGAUUAUGUGAAGCGUUAGCAUAAUAUCUUUGUAGAAUGUGUGAGAUUUAUUUCUUGGGUGGAUACAAGUAUUUAUUAUCGGUACACCUCUGAUUAAAUUGUUGCUCUCAUUAUAUAUAUUUUUGUAUUUUGAUCAAGAGUGCUAUUACCUAAAAAUGGCACAAUUCUGAAUUUUGUAGCAAAUCUAUUAAAUUGUUGUGAAAACUAUUCAAUUUUAGCUUUAGAAAAAUAUUUUUUGUUGAUAAAAAACAUAUUCACAAGUGAUGCUUGUUGGCAAUUCAAUGAAGCCAAUGUUAACAUCAAUGGUGAAAGUGAUCAUGACUUAACCAUCCUUGCCCCUAAAGUAUGAGUACAGGAUGUUCGAAGUUAUAUAAUGAAGAAAUUGUUACAAAACACCUUAAAUGAUUUUGGUAUUUUACUGCUUACGUAAAAUGAAAAGUGUUCUUUGUUAAAGGUAAUUGAGUUAACAACCAUUAUACAAGCCCUUUCCACUAGUCAUACCCUUUUGUUCAUAUUUUGUACAGAAACUAUAGGAAAUCAGCUUCAGCUUGCACCAGUACUUCUAAUAGUCAUGAAAAAAGUCAAUUUAAAAAAAAGUGUGAUAUGGCACUUAGUGAAAUAUAAAAUGCAAGAUUAAGAAAAAUUUUAACUCUGAAUCAAAACAUCAAUUUUAGCUUAUUGCUUCCCAUAUCAUAGGUAAUCCCAAAUCAGGUUGUUAUUUCAAGUACCAUUACAAAUGUUUUGUUGACUAGUUAAUUAGACACAAAAAAAUUAGUGCAACCAAACAUAAACUAUUAUAGAUUCACUAAUGUUCAUUUGUAGUUGCUCAAAAUAUAGCUAUUUAAAUUCGUCUUAUUUGAUCAUUGUAUAGUUGUAUAUGAAACAAUGAUUGCUUACAAGAAAAUGGACAUUCAGUGAGAAGUACGAUUUUAGGGACAGUCUGCUUGGAGAACUUAGAUGAAUAAUGAAAUUCUAAUGUACUUGUGGAUUACCAUAAAGGCCCCUAAUUCAUGUUCUCCUUAUAGAUUUUUUAUAAAAAGCAACAUACUGUAUUUAACCUGCUAUCCUUCUAGAGUUAGAAAAAGUUUGAUAUUGAAAUUUGAUCUUUAAAUUUAAUAUUUUAAUUAAAAUUGGUUUCUGUUUAUAAAAUAGUUAAAGCAUAUUGUUUCAAAUAAUUUAUAUCUAGGCCUACAAACCUGAAUUAGGUGUGUUUGUGAUAGGAAUUGUUUUGGAUAGGUAACUAUUGUAUGAUAAGCUCACUAGGAAAUCUGAAGUCAAGUUUUGGGAAUUCUGGAUUGACAUUUUCUAAAAGGUAAUUAUAUAAUCUAAAAGAGUUUUUAUUGUACUUUAAUAAGAACUUAGUUUUAUUAUAAAUAUAAUACAUAAUAAUUUGGAGAAAGGUAAAUACUAUAUUAGAUGGGGAAAGUUUAGAGGGAAGUACAUUUCAGUCGAAAGUUUCUUCUAUUUACCAAGUUUACAUAUAGAUAUAUGUUGUUCUCUAACACUGUUGUAUAAAGACAGCUGAGGCUUAAUGUUUGUCUAAAAUACAUCAUGAUGUAUAAAAUACAUUUUUAUCAUUCAAAGUUGUAAGGGAAAACUGCAUAUCAAUACCUGUUUCAAAUAAUAUGUACUAAUUGAUGGAUAUUGUUCUUCAGAAAUUGAUAGUAGAACAAUACUUAAUAUUUUCAGAUAUCCAGGUAUGGCUCAAAUUUCUUGAAGAGAAGUGAGCAAGCAGUAAAUAAAAUUAUCUUUUAAUGUAGCUCUUUUUGAAAAGCUUCUGACCAAAUGCCUCUAAACAUUAUUACUGAAUGUAGUCAUAUUGACUGUGUGCAGUUAUCCAAAAAAUAAGCACUUUGACCUUUUCUUUGAUGAUAAUCACAUUAAGUAAACUUAAGACUUAUACAUACCACUUUUGAACAUACUAAAGUACUGUACAUGUAAAUAUAGCUUUAGUCAAUGACCAUAUUGCGUAUUAUUAAGAAGUAUACUUUAAAUAAAGUGCAAGAAAACUGCAUUUUGUUCUUUAUUAGAACUCUUUGAAUAAGUAGGAAAGUUACAGCUUAACCAAUUUUUUUUAUGUAACAAAUAAAUGCAAACAUCAACAUGUUUAAGAUGCAUUCAUUUUAACAACUGAAGGAUUAAGUACAUGUUAUUGUUUGCUUAUUAUGGUACUAUAAACUAGUUACAAUACAUAGUGUAUUAAGUUAAAUACAAUAGUCUAUUUUAAUUGUUUUAAUUCACAGGAUUUUUACUUUCUAAAUUGUUAAGUAUUAAUGUAUAAAGAAAUAAAACUAAUUAUUUAGCACAUAUUAAUUUCAUUGGAAGGUUACAUACUAGGUUGAUCCUAGCUUGCCAAUCUUUGCACAUUAUCCCUAAUGUGUGACUUCAUUGUAAGAUAUAAUACUAAAUUCCUGAACAAGCACCAGUAUCUUCUGUAGUUGAUCCCAACUCGUUUACCUUUAGAAGUCCUUUAAUAGAAUUAUUUCUUGAUGGUUAGUCCACUUUUUUAGUGUGUCUCUGUAAUAAAUAUCAAUUUAAUCACAUUAUUUUUCACACACUUAUGCUUUCUAUGCUUUUUGGACAAAAAACUGGUAUGUCUUGAGAAGGUACUUUUUAUUUUCACUACUACAUAUGUAGCUUUUGUGUAGUGUUUGGGUUUUGUAUGGGAAAUUGCAAACCUCACCCAGCACAGAAUGGUUGUUAUUUGAUGCUAACCAUAAUAGGUUUGCAAUAUAAAGCAAAUGUUAUUUUCACAAGUUAUGUUUUUUGUGUGUUUUUUAUGAUCUCUAACAAAAAGAUUAAUAGUCUAUAAUCACCUAUUAACUCUUCAAAAUAUUUGUAGCUCACGACAAUUUCUUAAACCAUUGGAAACAUAUGAUUUACAAAAGCAGUUAAUUUGUUAACUUAAAAUAUUGCAUUAAAUGUAUAUUUUACACAUAUAUGUGCCUCAGCUACAGUUCUGUAGAAAUGCUACCUAUUACAGCUUCCAUAAAAAAUAAGGAAAUGCAAAAGUAAAGAAAAGCAGUGCACUUACUUUAUAAUAUGGUUUUAGGUGAAGUGUGUUACUAUUGAAAAUGUUUUAGUAUUUCUUUGAAAUACAAAUGCUGCUAUGUACGUUAGUAUUACCCUAAUUACUUGAAAGUUCUUUGUAUGAAAUUUAAAUGAAUAAAAAAUUGUAC